AUGUUUGGUUCUCGUAGAGUCUUACAACCCCGGCUGCGCAACCUUGCGAUCGAAGUGCAACAGUUGUCCCGAUUCCGGCCCCGACGGGCAAGGCAGAGCAGCACCGUUGCCAAUGCACCUACCUCCCAACCAUCGAAGUGGCCGCGACGCCUGAUAUACACUGGAAUCUUUAGUGGCCUAGGGUUUGCGACAGGAAGAUGGGUUGACGGACAAAUAUCGGAGCCGGCAGAACCCGGAACAGAUGAAGAUAUAGCGAGGUUGGAAGGGAUCUACCGGGAAUAUGAGAACGGUCUACCUAUCGUGAGACAAUUACGCAGUGACCCUGAUUACGUGGAGUCCGAUGUCUAUGGGAACUAUUCGGAGGAAGACAAGAUAGGGAGGCUGACAUCUGGACCCUUGCGCGGAAGCCGGGGAUUGGCGCUCCAGAAAGUUUUUUGGAACGAGAAGGAAAAGAAGGCGAUUAGCAUGGUCUUCCUGGGGUCUGGCCUGGAGGGAUGGCCAACAGUCGUUCAUGGCGGAGCUCUUGGCACCGUGCUCGAUGAGAGUCUUGGCCGUGUGGCUAUCCGCCAUCUUCCCGAGCGGACAGGGGUCACUGCAAACCUAGAGAUCAAAUAUCGUGCUCCGGUGUAUUCGGGCAAUUUCUAUACUUUCCACGCGGCUAUCGACGAGGAACGCAGCAAUGGCCGCAAGGCGUACGUGACGGGUGAGGUGCGUGACCCGGUUGGGAGAUUAUGUGCCCAAGCUUCUGGACUCUUUGUCGUUCCUAGGAAAUAUAAGUUGCGAGAAGUUGGUACUGAGUACUGA